AAACAGUGACAGAUCAUCUAUGGUUGGCAAGGCGAAAUCCCCCAACCUAGUAACAUCUCUUUUCCGCUUCUAAACGUCAACGUGAAAGCACGAUGAAGCAAAUCGUGACGAACCAAACUGUUAAAAUCCCCGAAGGGAUCACAGUGCACGCAAAAUCGCGUCUGGUGACUGUUAAGGGCCCCCGUGGUGUUUUAAAACGGUCUUUUAAACAUCUCGCUGUUGAUAUUCGGAUGGUCAACCCCAGAACACUCAAGGUGGAGAAGUGGUUCGGGACCAAGAAAGAAUUGGCCGCUGUGCGUACCGUGUGCUCUCAUGUUGAGAAUAUGUUGAAGGGGGUUACCAAAGGGUACCAAUACAAAAUGAGAGCUGUGUACGCCCAUUUCCCCAUUAAUUGUGUGACCACUGAGAGCGAUAGCGUCAUUGAAAUCAGAAAUUUCUUAGGUGAAAAGUACAUCAGGAGAGUGAAAAUGGCUGCUGGAGUUACAGUUAAAAACUCAGCCAAGCAAAAAGAUGAGCUAAUUAUUGAAGGAAAUUCGUUGGAGGAUGUUUCCAGAUCGGCUGCACUUAUCCAACAAUCCACAACAGUUAAAAAUAAGGAUAUUCGUAUGUUCUUGGACGGUUUAUACGUGUCUGAAAAGACUACUGUUGUGCAAGAUGAAUAGGCUUGCGUUUAAUAAAUUUGUACAAUAA